CGUUCACAUCGAUGUCUCAAGACACUUACACUUUUGAAAAGUUAGGAGUUUGUAAAAUACUUUGUGAGGAAUGCAAAAAUGUAAACUAUCAAACUCCAAGUAAAAUUCAGAUACAAGCUAUUCCUUAUGCCCUCAGAGGAAGGGAUAUUAUAGGAAUAGCAGAGACUGGGUCAGGAAAGACAGCCGCUUUUGUCAUUCCCAUAUUACAGUCGUUGUUGGAUCAUAAUAAGCCUUAUUUUGCACUCGUUAUAUCGCCUACUAGAGAACUAGCAUUUCAAAUCAAGGAACACUUUGAAUUGUUGGGUCGCAGUAUUGCUCUACGAGUAGUUGUUAUCGUGGGUGGAGUAGAUAUUGUAUCUCAAGCAGCUGCCUUUGCUAGAAAGCCCCAUGUGAUAGUAGCAACGCCUGGUAGGCUGGUUGAUCACUUGGAAAAUACCAAAGGCUUUAGUUUGCAGUCCAUCCGUUUUUUAGUAUUAGAUGAAGCAGAUCGACUGCUUUCGAUGGAUUUUGAAAAAGAGUUGGAGAAAAUUAUUGCUGCGCUUCCGAAAGAAAGGCAGUCUUUCUUAUUUUCAGCAACUAUGACUCGGAAAGUGCAGAAACUUCAGCGCGUCUCGUUGACGAAUCCUGUGAAAUUACAAGUAUCAGAGAAAUAUGCUACUGUGGAAACUUUGAUACAAAACUACUUAUUCAUUCCAGCCAAAUAUAAGGAUUGUUUUCUGGUUUUUCUUUGUCAAGAAUGGAGUGGUCAUCCGACUAUUAUCUUUGUGGAUACACAAAAUAGUACCCUUCGACUGUCUCUAUUAUUGAAGAACUUGGGAUUCGGUGCAACAGCUAUUCACGGAGGAAUGCUUCAAACCAAGCGGUUGGAAGCUCUUUCCAAGUUCAAACAAGGUAAAAAGACGGUUCUUAUUGCUACAGAUUUGGCUUCAAGAGGGUUGGACAUUCCUUCUGUGGACUUGAUUGUCAAUUAUGAUAUUCCUCUUCACGUGAAAGCUUAUAUUCAUCGAGUGGGUAGAACAUCUAGAGCUGGUAGAACAGGACGUGCUAUUAAUUUGGUUACUCAAUACGAUAUCGAAGCCUAUCAGAAAGUGGAACAAUAUAUUCAGAAGAAAUUGGAUGCAUAUCCAUGUGAUGAAGAUAGAGUAUUUCAUCUUUUAGAAAGCAGCUCGUAUAACUGCCCAACAGAUGAAAGAAUGGAAUCAGAAGAAGAAAAACUCGAGACAUGAAAUAGCUACGAAUGAUUCCUUGCUUGAAUUAGAUGACGAAGACGGGGAACAAGGCGAGUCUUUAGGGUCCGAAAUGAUAGUCUACCAGAAGAACGGUAAGAAA